CGUCGUCGACGUCUCGGCCAGGAUUUUCUCCGCACGGUUUUUCCGGUAGAAAAGUAGGCGCGGACGUAAAAUUCACAAGUAAUGUUAUCACCGCGCUAGAAACGCAUCGAUCAGGCUCGCGAUAAAAUGGGAAACUCGGGAUCGACGCAACCGUCGAAAGUGCGAAAAGACCGGAAGAAGGACGAGGCCGACGGGACGAGGUACGAGCCUCGGAAAGGGAGCAGGAAAGAGAACGUCGAGUAUCGGGGAACGAAUCCUUUCAUCAUUUUCUUCUUACGGUUGCGCAGUAAAAAGCCGAAGGAACAUGUAACCGUAAUCGCGCGAGCAGCUGGCAAAUUGUGGACGCAAAUGACUCCGGAGCAGAGAAAGAAAUACAUCGAUCUGGCGAAUGCUGAGAAGAAGAGGCGAGAAGGAAGGAGAAGAAAGACGAGAAAAUCAAGAAGAAGAAAAAGAUGACACGGCGAUAGGGGGACGCGAGAAGAAGGUGUAUCGAAAAAUUGUGAGAGCGCGUGCGAAUCCGGUCCAUCCACAGAGCUAUAGCCGAUCAGCAAAAUCUCGCGAGUCUCUGCACAUAUUUUUGAUCUCUUUUUAUUUGUUAGUACUUUUUUUUUUUAGAUCUAUGUACAAUAAAUAUUGAUGUAUUUUUACACUA